AAUCCAACUUCCCCCUCGCGCGCGGCCUCGGCGCAAACGGUCGCCGCCCGCGAGCGCGUCGGCGCCGACCCGCUAAGAAAAGUUCGCUCGUCGGCCCGACGUUCGGAAUCCGUUGAGCGGGUCGGGACAGAACAGGAGGAGCGCUUGCGGAAAUCUCGGCGGCAAAUGCGUGAGGAGGAAGUGACUCGGGCGCGUUUCCUGUUUUUGCAGCCGCCGAUGACGCCCCCCCAGCCGUGAAGGAGAGCACCCGAACCCCCCCCCGCCCCCGUCGCCAUGCCGCCGCCCGCCGACACCGUCAAGGUGGCCAUCGAGUGGCCGGGGGCCUUCCCCAAGCUCAUGGAGAUCGACCAGAAAAAGCCUCUGUCGGCCAUCAUCAAAGAAGUUUGCGAGGGUUGGUCUCUGGGGAACCAUGAAAAUUUUGCACUGCAGAUCGCCGACGCCACCAAUUUCUACAUCACGGAAAAGAAUCGCAGCGACAUCAAGAACGGCUCCAUCCUGCGCUUGACCACCUCGCCUUACCAGACGGCGCUGCAGCUGCACGAGCGCAUCCAGUCGUCCAGCAUGGACGCCAAGCUGGAGGCGCUGAAGGACCUGGCGAGCGCCUCGCGCGACGUCACCUUCGCGCUGGACUUCAUCAACAUGGACGGCAUCUCGCUGCUCACGCAGAUGGUCGAGAGCGGCACCGAGCGCUAUCAGAAACUGCAGAAGAUUAUGAAGCCCUGUUUCGGCGACCUGCUGUCGUACACGCUGACGGCCUUCGUGGAGCUGAUGGACCACGGCAUCGUCUCCUGGGACACGUUUUCCCUGGCCUUCAUCAAGAAGAUCGCCGGCUACGUCAACAAGGCGGCCACCGACGCCGCCGUGCUGCAGCGGUCGCUGGCCAUCCUGGAGUCCAUGGUGCUCAACAGUCAGGACCUCUACCACAAGGUGGCGCAGGAGAUCACCAUCGGGCAGCUCAUCCCGCACCUGCAGGGGACGGAUCAGGACAUCCAGACGUACACCAUCGCCGUCAUCAACGCGCUCUUCCUGAAAGCUCCCGAGGAGAGGAGACAAGAGAUGGCCCACAUUUUGGCGCAGAAGCAACUCCGCUCCAUCAUCCUCAGCAACGUGAUCCGGAGCCCGACGGCCAUCAACGACGAGAUGGCGCACCAGCUGUACGUCCUGCAGGUUCUGACCUUCAACCUGCUGGAGGACCGCAUGAUGACCAAGAUGGACCCGCAGGACCAGGCUCAGCGCGACAUCAUCUUCGAGCUGCGGCGGAUCGCCUUCGACGUGGACUGCGAGCCCAACGGCGCCGGCACCGUGGACAAGCGCAAAUCCAUGUACACGCGAGACUACAAGAAGCUGGGAUUCAUCAACCACGUGAACCCGGCCGUGGACUUCACGCAGAUUCCUCCCGGCAUGCUGGCGCUGGACAACAUGCUGUACUUGGCCCGCCACCACCAGGACGCCUACAUCCGGAUUGUUCUGGAGAACAGCAGCCGCGAAGACAAGCACGAGUGCCCGUUCGGCCGCAGCAGCAUCGAGCUGACCAAGAUGCUCUGCGAGAUCCUCAAAGUGGGCGAGUUGCCCAGCGAAAACUGCCACAACUUCCACCCGAUGUUCUUCACGCACGACCGCUCCUUCGAGGAGUUCUUCUGCAUCUGCAUCCAGCUGCUCAACAAGACCUGGAAGGAGAUGAGGGCCACCGGCGAGGACUUCAACAAGGUCAUGCAGGUGGUGCGCGAGCAGAUCACGCGAGCGCUGACGCUGAAGCCUAACUCGCUGGACCAGUUCAAGAGCCGCCUGCAGAACCUGAGCUACACGGAGAUCCUCAAGAUACGCCAGUCGGAGAGGAUGAAUCAGGAGGACUUCCAGUCCCGCCCCAUCCUGGAGCUGAGGGAGAAGAUCCAGCCGGAGAUUAUGGAGCUGAUCAAGCAGCAGAGGCUCAACCGACUGUGUGAAGGGACUUGCUUCAGGAAGAUCAGCAGUCGCAGGAGACAAGACAAGUUCUGGUACUGCCGCCUGUCCCCCAACCACAAGGUCCUGCACUACGGGGACCUGGAGGAGAGUCCCCAGGGGGAGGUUCCCCACGACUCUCUACAGGACAAACUACCUGUGGCGGACAUCAAGGCGGUCAUCACGGGGAAGGACUGUCCUCACAUGAAGGAGAAGGGCGCCCUCAAGCAGAACAAGGAAGUCUUGGAGCUCGCCUUCUCAAUCCUGUACGAGUCAGACGAGUACUUAAACUUUAUCGCCCCGGACAAGCAUGAGUACUGCGUGUGGACCGACGGUCUGAACGCACUCCUGGGCAAAGAGAUGACGAGCGACUACACCAAAUCCGACAUGGACACGCUGCUCUCCAUGGAGAUGAAGCUGCGCCUGCUGGACCUGGAGAACAUCCAGAUCCCCGAAGCGCCGCCCCCCAUCCCCAAGGAGCCCAGCAACUACGACUUUGUUUACGAUUGUAACUAGCCUCGCU